AUGCCCUACAAGCACUUGCCCGAGCAAAUUCAGGAAGUCAUGCGCGAGUGGGACUUGGAUGGGAGUGGCAUGGUUGGAGUGGAGGAGCUGACCGCUGCGGCCGGCGCUUACAAGAAGAUUCAACAAGAAGGCCGUUUGAUGAGGAAGAUCAUCGUCGCAAUGGCUUUGGUGAUCCUCUUUCUCAUGGGUGCCAUGUUUGCGCUGAGCAUCACCGCGGUGGAGAUCACCAAGGCAGUGAACCAAAAACACCGAAAACCCUUGGAUGCCGGACUUGAGCCACUUAGAGUGGCCAGCUCUGACUUCGAGAUGGCCGCAGAUGGCUCCUUGAUCAUCCGUGGUGCUAUUGGUGCCAAUGUGUCUUGGCAGCUAGGAGUUGUCCUGAGGCAUGAUUCAAGACUGUCAAAAAACACCACCUGCCGCCGCCUCCAAGCUGCCAACAAUGUGAUCUCGGUGGCCCAAAAAGAAACCGCACGACGCUUGUCUUCAACCCUUCCGGAUGACUCCUUCAAAGAGUUGAAGCAACUGACCUUGAAGGACAACUUGGGGCACACCUUGAAGGUGACCAUCACCAGCUUUCAGCGCUUGCGACUCCGGUCCUCUCGCUGUGGCUCCGUGAUCCAUCUCUACAGCGAAAAGGGACGCUUUACCUUGGACGAUUACGAGAUGACCGCAGAUGCUGCCAUGGAGGCCGCUGUACAUUUGAAGAUGGGGGCAACACUCGUGGUCCACCAGUGUAUCAGGAGCUGUCCAAGCACCAUUUGGGACACCGCUACAGGCAGUAGUGCCCAGGGAUAUGCCUUGAGGCUCGAAGAUGUGGAAUGGGAAUGCGAAUCGGUGGAUUUGCCCAGUCCCAACGACAUUCCCCAGUACUACCAUGCCCCUGGGAUGAGUGGGGCGGGAAGACGGAGACGACACCGCAAAAACCAUGGGAAACUGGAAAGACAUCAUGGAGGGCUAUAG